CAAGGCGCUCACAAAGGCCAAUAAUCUCGCGUGACACGUGUGAUUCCCCGAUAAAAAGUGUCACGUGCUGGCUGCUACGCACCCCUCCUCCGAUUCUAACGGGACGUGCCCCCACCCCAACCCCUCGAAAACUUGACGGAAAAACUUUUUUCCCUCGCGGCCGACCGACAAUUUCGCUCCAGUGGCGAUCGGCGAACAGACCCACCGUGUUUUUCCUCGCGAUCGACUCGUUCGGAGCAAACUAAUCUUUUCGACGGUCGGAGUGAAGCGCGGAGGGACGAGAAAGACGAACGUUCGCCGAGGGUGACAAAAGGUGAAAUACUUUACGAAACGUGGGUCGGACCGACGUACUUUUUCGAGAAGGCUCUCCGCCGAUCGAACUUCCUAGGGGAAAGUUUGGACCGUGAUUCUGGACGCGACGUGGCUGGCAAAUUUAAAAGCUCGGAAGCCGUAGACGAGAUCGACGCCAGCGAUAGGGAAAUUCUCAUCUAGGUGAAAAGUUUCGAAUAACGAGGAGAAGAUAAACGAUAACUGGGACGAUUGUUUUGGCUGCUGGCGCUAAAAGCUCGAGCUACUCUCAGUCCCCCCGAAGAUGAAGAUAGAAAAAUAAACAACUCUCGACCCUACAGUCUGAGACACGCGAUUAAAUUAUGUUUCCCAUCGAACGAACGAGAUAUCUGGAAAAUAAUUGGACGGUAUAAAUCAUUGGACGGAGUUUUUGUCGUCUGUUAUUGGGAUAACAGUUCCGAUUGAAAGGAAGGUAGUUGGCGCGCCGAGACCGCGUGGAACGAAGGAAGGGAACUUUUUUCAUGUUCGAAGACGCGCGCAAACGGAGAUCUAUGGUGGCAAUCGACGGGCCAAAGUGAAACGAAGAUUUACGUCGAUUAUAAUUAAAUCUCGCUGGCGAUGGAGUCGACGGGGUCGAAAGGAACGAAGGAGCUGGCCGACGUUUAAAGUAAAUCGCUGUUACGGAACCACUCGGGCGGCGAUUGUUCGCGCACGCUGGCCGUCUGACGCGAUCUCGACGGACAAUCGACGAGAAUCUCGUUAAGAAGGGCGCCAGGGACCAGAGGAGAAAUUUAUGGUGCACCAUAGGAAACGUUACACGUUCUAUAGAUACUUCUAUACAGACUUCUACCUACAAGUAUCCAGUAAUAUCCAACCAUUUGCACAGCAUUCGGUGUGAGACAACGAACAACAUAAGUGUGUUAUCAGCCAGGUGAUAAGCACCCUUCUUGGCCGUGAAACCGGGCGCGCUGACAACGGGGAUUCUUCUCUCGCUCUUCUUCCACCUUCCCUUGUACUCUGGUUGGCGGAGGGUGGCUCGUGCGGUCCUCGAACUGGAACGGAAGCCGCACCGCCUUCAGGGAGCCGACGGGGAAUGAUAGAAGAUGAGCGCGACCGGUGAAGGAAGACCGAGGGAAGAGUGAAGGAACCGUGGAAGCUAUCCGGAACAACGAAGAUGAGAUGGGAUGCUGCGCUCUGCCUACUUUCGCUGCUGCUCCUCUCGCUGGCCAAUCUUUGCUGGGCUAUCGUCGAAACCCGAGUAUGCAAUCGUACUCUCAGGAAUUCUGUUGGACGAAUACGAUGGACUGGUCGGAUGGGCCGGUGCAUCGUUCGGAUCAGGGCACCUCCUAGAGAUCCACAGGUAAUCGAGUUGAAAGUCAGGGAGCUACAAGUCGGUUUUCUGAAAGAAACCAGAUGCGAGGGUGCUUACAUUCAAUUCUCUGAUGGCAUCGAGGAUCUCGAGGACAGAACGGGACGUUAUUGCGGCCAUGUGAGUGGCAACGCAACCAGAUUGAUCCUGCGAAAGGGACCGAAUUUAACGAUCAUAAUGGAUUCGGACGAGAAGUUCGCCGCUGAAAAUCCCGUGAUCUUCUCCGCCCAAUUUUCGAUUCUGCCAGCCCAACUGGCCGUCGAACGUCACCGUGGCUUUUCGCCGUCCCUAUCGUCCGAAUGCCCGUUGGAAUGCGCCGUGAGGAACGAUCGAAGAUCCUGUAAGCUCGUGUCCCCGGGCUACCCAGGCGUCUAUCCGCGGGGUAUCAGAUGUAGGAUCGCGUUGGAGUCGAGCGCGGGUCGUUUUAAAAUCGGCGGCCAGCCGGACGACCUCUUCGAUCUGAUGAACCGCACGUCCCAGGACAGCUGCCAGACGGAGAACUGCGAACAGCACGUGGAGAUCGUGGCGGAAGUCCCGAAGACGAGGGUCGCCAGAUCAGACGGACGGUAUCCGGCGGAAAAUAACACCGCGCGGCGAGCCAGGAGUCCCGAUCACGAGGAGGAACUGGAAUUUAUCAUUGGGCAAACGUCGCACAAGUUCAGGAGGGGCAGAAAUAAUCGAAGAAGACUUAAGAAAGUCAAGAAGGAAGUCGUCGGAUCAAAGGCUCCUGGCAGCUCUCGCGGAAAAGAGCCAGAGGAGGAUAUCCGGAGAAAUAACGGCCGUCCGAAAGAGAUCACCGAACAGUCUUCCGCAGAUGUCUUUCUCGGUAACAGCGGCCCGAGGCUAUCCGCGGGCAAUCGCGAUCAAGGAGCUCGGUCCGAAUCUAUCCAGAAGCGACUUCGUCACCCGCAGCGCGUCCAUAAGAAGUCCAUGGGCUCGAUAAGCCCUAAGAGGAAUUCCGAUCAUGAUCUGCAAGAUAUAUCGAACGUGAAGAUCCUGCCUGACGGGAGCCACGAGAUUGCCAGGAAGUGGUUGAGCCAAGAAAACGCCGCCGUGCUGCAGGUUCCCGAGUAUCGGCAGGUGAGGAGGGGCCGCAUUGAAGACAAGUUGGGAAGCACCAGUUGCGUCGGUGAUUACCUCGCUCUGAUGGAGGACGUGGACGGGCAGAUUUACGAAAUUUCCAAAUUCUGCGGCGAGGGCCACGUGCCGCGAAUCCUCUCGCGCGGGAGAAACAUCAUUAUAGAGUUCUUUGCCGAGCAGGACGGCACGAUAAUGCACGGCGGUUUCCAGUUGUCGGUCCAGGAAACCGAGGACGCGCCAGGCGUGAAACGCGAUAGAAAUUGCGAGUUCGUCUACAAAAGCACCGAACGAACCAGGGAAAAUAUCAAGUCGUUGCAGAGCUGGUAUCCGCCGAACACUCUUUGCAGUUACGUUUUCAUGGGGAGGUCUUCCGAGAAGAUCUCCAUUCACAUAAAGAUAAUCAGAAACGAGCCAGAUCAGGACCAACUCCCCCAGAAGCGGAACGUUACGCUGAAUUACUGCCACGGGAACGAAAUUGCUGUUUACAAUGGCAUAGAGGCAAACAACAGCGUCUUGAUGUGGUCUUACUGCGACGUGUCCCAUCAGGACAUCAACAACAUACAAGUUCCUCUCACCUCCACCGGAAAUGAAUUGUUGAUACAAUAUUACAGCGCUAAGGGCUCGUACGACGGCCAGGAGUUCACCUACACGAUAUCGUACAAGUUCGUCAAGAAGGUACAGAACUUUACGACCAGACGACAAGUUCAGGACGACUUCAAACUAAUCUCGCUCAGGCCGGUGAACUUUUCCGUGUUGAAUCUGAACGAAAGUGAAAACUGCAACUGCGAUUUUGGCGAUCGGAUUGGGAGCUUCAAGAACUGGUUCAUGGUCCUCGUCGUCCUCGGGAUCGUAUCCUUUCUCGGAGCCAUUCUGACGAUAAUCGCGCUCCUCGCCAAGUGUAUGAAGACAAAGUCGAUGGAGAAAAAUCUCCUUCAGACUCCAAAAUUAUGAAUUCUAUCAAAUACGGGGAAAAACGUCCUGAUAUAGAUCUUCACGUGUAUCUGUUAAUUGAAGAAGACUGGUUAAGGGAGGAGACCGCAUUAGGAGUCCAAGUAUCAAGUGUUCCCUGAGAUCUUAACGUUACUCAAAAUCAAUGAAAAUUUUUGUUUACAUUAUGAACACGUUUACUAAGAAUAUCAACAAAAUUUCGAUCAAAAAGUUGGACAUUGAAUUUUUUAGGAGUGUUUAAAGAAAAAGUAUCAAUUUUCUACAUUUGUUUGUACAGCUUUUUGCUAUUUAAAUAAAGUAAACAUAUAUAAAGUUCGAACACAAUCGGUCAAUUAAUUUUUCAGUUAUCAUUCCUACAGAUUGAAGAAAAUGUUUAAAAGUAAAAUAUGAUAUCCCAAAGAUUUCUGUGCGAAAUGAAUUGAAAAAAUUAUCAAAUAGACUUUAAAACAUAUACGAAAUAUUCUCAAAGUUAUAGCAACAUUACAUAAAUUCUUUAUAAAAACAAAAUAUCUCAAGAAACACUUAAUAUUUGGUUUCUCCUCUUGAGAGAGUGAUUACGAUGCAAGAUUUAAAAAAUGUUGAAAAUUAUUUCUUUAGAUAUUUUUUAGGUUUGAGUAUUUAAUAUUUCGGACGAUUCGAAAAAUCUUUUUAUACUAAAUGUAAGGUGGCGUUCAAAGAUAAAAUAAGCACCCUUAGAACUUUUAAGGUGAACAUUUUCCAAAAGAGGUUUCAGGAUUUUGUUCUUUAAUAAAAAAAAAUAUAGAAUAGUAUAUAUCUAAUUUGUUGUAUUUUCAGUAAACGUACACAUGAUUAGAAUUAAGCAUCCGUAUGUCGUUUAAAUUUCCUCCAUGACUACACUGAUAAGCAUAUCUUUUUAUUAAAAAACAAAAACCUAAAGGUUCUUUUGAAAAUCCCUUUGUAUCUCUUUCUUCUUCACAAAAUCCAUGAUAUUUUCAAUUCAAAAUUCACUAAACUAGAGAAUUAUCUUAUUUUCC